UGAUGUCAGCGGAUCAGCUGCUCGUUAACAAAGAAGGGGAUAUUUACAGGACAAAGUUGCAGCAGCACCGAGGGCGGCUACAGCGAGACUCCCGGAGCUCGGCAGCGGUCAAGGGAAAGUGGAUGCAGAGGGCUGAGCUGCCCUUGGAGGAGCCCAUAGCUGCGAAAGAAGGAAAAGACAUUGGGAAAAAGACUGGAAGGGGACGGCCGGCCAACUGCUCCUCCUCUUCCUCCUCCUCCUCCUCCAAACUCGCUGGGCUGAACCCAAGCUCUCGCUGAGCAGCCGCCGCGGCUCCGGGCUCCCUAAGGAGCAGUAGGAAAAAGAGGAGAAGGGAAGAAGACAAGCAGCAGCAGCAGCCGCGCGGCCGCUCUCAGUCCCCGGCCCCCGACCCCCAGCCCGGGGGAGAGCCUGUGGUGGGCUGGGCUGCGCUCUCCGCCGCCAUGGAUAGCGACGACGAGAUGGUGGAGGAGGCGGUGGAAGGACAUCUGGAUGAUGAUGGCUUACCACAUGGCCUCUGCACAGUCACCUACUCCUCCACAGACAGAUUCGAGGGGCACUUUGUCCAUGGAGAAAAGAAUGGACGGGGAAAAUUUUUCUUCUUUGAUGGAAGCACACUGGAAGGAUUUUAUGUGGAUGAUGCCUUGCAGGGGCAGGGAGUGUACACAUAUGAGGACGGAGGAGUCCAUAAGGGUACCUAUGCAGAUGGAGAACUGAAUGGACCUGCCCAGGAGUAUGACUCAGAUGGGAGACUGAUCUUCAAGGGACAAUAUAAAGAUAAUAUUCGGCAUGGAAUUUGCUGGAUAUAUUACCCAGAUGGAGGUACUCUGGUAGGAGAAGUUAAUGAAGAAGGGGAAAUGACUGGCGACAAGAUAGCCUAUGUCUACCCUGAUGGGAGGACCACAGUUUAUGGGAAAUUCAUAGAUGGAGAGUUGAUAGAAGGAAAAUUGGCUAACAUGUCGAUUGAGGAAGGAAGACCCUACUUUGAACUGGUACCAGGAAGUUCUGUCUACCAUUUUGAUAAGUCGACUCCAUCCUGCAUUUCUACAAAUCCCCUUCUUCCUGAUCCUUACGAGUCAGAGAGGGUUUAUGUUGCUGAAUCACACAUUCCCAAUGCUGGAGAAGGGCUGUUUUCUAAAGUAGCAGUGGGCCCUAACACAGUUAUGUCAUUUUAUAAUGGGAUCCGAAUCACACACCAAGAAGUGGAUGACAGAGACUGGGACCUUAAUGGAAACACACUGUCUCUUGAUGAUGAAACGGUCAUCGAUGUGCCUGAGCCCUACAACCACACAUCCAAGUACUGUGCCUCCCUGGGACACAAGGCCAAUCACUCCUUUACUCCAAACUGCAUCUAUGACGUGUUUGCACAUCCACGUUUUGGGCCCAUCAAAUGUAUCCGCACUAAACAAGCAGUGGAGAGAGAUGAGGAGCUCACUGUCGCCUACGGAUAUGAUCAUAACCCUCCUGGAAAGAGCAUGCCCGAAGCUCCAGAAUGGUAUCGGAUGGAACUAAAGGUCUUCCAGGCUGCCCAGGAGAAGUGAAAUACAAACUCGGCUCUUUGGUUUAUUGACCUGGAGUAGAAAUUUGGAUCUAUGCACUACGUUUAUACUGAAACUGGAUAACCAGGGACUGCUCAUGCUGUUAUAUCAUAUCCUCUCACUCUGUGUUAGCAAUGAGUUUCUUGCAUACUAACUAGUUUUGACUCUAUUACUCAUGCUAGGUUUAAAAUUAGCUAGCGUUACAACAACACCUGAUUGGGAGGUAUUAUUUAAUAUUUUGCCUAAAACAGCGUGAUGUCCUUUGGGUAUUUAGAAUCUAAGUCUGCACCAUAUUCAGAGAUGCCAAAUGAUUUGAUUGAAAAAAAGGGAAAUGGGGUAUUUUCAUCUUUUUUUUUUUAGUCAGUGGUUUUCCAUGAUGCUAUUUCUAUGGCUAAUGUUAAUGGUGUGAUUACACUUUUGCAUACAUGCCACAGUGGAGGUUAGAGGAUUAUUACGCUUAAAUUUCUCUAAACAUAGCAUAAUUUGCCUUUUAACCUUUGAUCUGUAUCUUUGCAACAGAAUGACUUUGUUUUUCCUAGUGUACAGAAGAAGCCUGGUUUUUUUGAGUCAUUUCCCCCUUUCUUAGAACUCUCCUGCAAGGGAAAAACCUUUCUAAUGGAUUUUGUGUGAGUGGCUGUGUAUAGAUCUCUAUGGCGCUCUCUAUUUCUCUCUCUCUCUCUCUCUCUCUCUCUCUCUCUCUCUCUCUCUCUCUCUCUCUCUCUCUCUCUCUCUCAUUGUUUCCUUGUUACAUCCUGAUAUAAAUAACUGGUUCUAGGAGCCAGUGUAUUUUAUAGAAUUAAUAUCCUUGCAUGAAAAUGAAGAGCUCUUUGCUUUAAGACAGAAAGAGGAAUGGGUUGGAUUUACUUGCAUCAAGCUAUGGAAGAUUUGUAAUAUGUGUAUUCAGAAAGAAAGGAGGGAGGAAUUAACACCUGGGGGCAGCAACCUGGGGCCAUGACAGUGCUGUCUUCCCUCAUGGGCCCUAGGAUAACUUAGAUAUACAUAACAUGAGACAUUUAAAGAGCAGUCUUGUUUGGGGCAUAGUAUAUUGAAUGCCAUGUUCAAAAACCAACCCUGAGUCGUCAUGUAGAAUGUAAAAAGGGUUAAGGAUUUGCACUUUAAUGAAACUAAUUAUGGCACAAACAUUGAUCUCUAGGAUCAGAAUGGAAUCUUAAGGCAAAAGCUCUUCAUCAUUGUGUUUGCAAAUUACUUACCUGUUUCAAUGCAUUGUACAAGUUGUGAAUCAAAAAUAAUACAUUAUAGUCAAAGCAAAUAGCAUUUCAGCCACUCUGCAAGCCAUAUAUACUAAAAAAAAUUUGCAGAAACAAAGAAACAAAAAAAAACCACCUCUGUGUAAGGUAGCUAUUUAGGUCUAUACUAUGACUUGGAUUGCUCUGAAUGGAUUUAUAGGUUUGGGGGAUUUUGGUUUGUUUUUCAACUGCUUAAACACAGCUAAAGCUUAGCAAUAUCUGCUUCAGACUGCUUGGGCCAUGCCAGCAUUUCAUUUGACAUAGGUCUCUAGGGCAGCGGUGCUUCUAAUUUGCAAAGUGUCAUUGGUGGAAACUGACACCCAACUAGUCAGCUUAGGCAUCUAGUUUAGAUAGAUAAAGAUUUCUGAGUUGUAUCAGAGAGGGAGCUAUUUGUUGAUUGGAAGAUAGCAGGGGUAUGUGGUGAAUAAAGAAGUGAAAUCAGCAUUUGUGAUUUCAAAUCAAAUCUUAGGUUACUCAUAAUCAUGUACACCACUACAUAUUGUUGGACUUGAUUGAAGGCCCUGAGCCUUUGGUUCAGUUCUCUGGCCACACAGCUUGCUCUGUUCAGGUUUUGCUGUCAAGGCUUGUGCAGAGGCAGCCUUUCCCCUCCCCACCAUCUGUGCCACCACGCUUCCCAGGGUGCUCAUCCUGAGCUAGGGCUGUUAACACAAGACCCCAUGAUUCCAGAGCUCAGUCAGACCCAGGUGGUUCUCACUAUUCUGCUAAUAGAUGGUGAGCGUUCCAUGAACCGGUACUUAUUGAGAGAGUGAAUAUGAUGCUUUUGCACUGGGGAGAGCUGGCAAUAGUGAAUGAAUCCUCCUCUGCACUGCCAUAGAUCAGCCAGGAAGAAGAAUGAGUAAGCUGCAUAUCUUUCUGAUCAACAAACACCAAGGAACAGGGUGAGAAUGACCACCACUUUGGGGAAAGACCCCAUUCCAUAAACUGUGAUAGAGGGGACAGUGUUUCUUAGACUUACACACUGGUUGUCUUCAUGGUGCUUAGGUUUUUAUAUCAGUGAAUGUUUCUGAAGGUGAGUGAUCUUUUUUUUCUGGGCAGUUAGCAAAAGAAAAAUGGAUUUAGUUAUCCCAGUCAUUUGAAUCACAGAAUUAUGAACAAUCUAGGUCAGGGCAAAGGAACCUCUAGCCAGGGAGGGUAGUUCUUCUAGCCAUUGAUUUGAUGGUUGCAUUCCUCAGGGUGAUAUUGCCUUGGUCAUUGAUACUGCAAGUGAUAAUUUCUCCCCCAGUGGAUUGCUUGGGUUAAGCCAUUUGGAAUGGAGCCUCUAAAGGGUAAAGCAUUAGAGUAAGUGACAAGCUGUGAAAAGUGUGAAGUAUAAUGGAAAGAGCGCUGGAUCUUGAGUCAAGAGACAUGGAUUCAAAUCUGACCCUACUAUUUACUAUUUGUGUGACCUCAGGAAGGUACUUAAUUUUUAUGAGCUUCAGUUUCCUCAUCUGUUAAACGAAGGGGUUGAAUUAGUUGAUCUCUCUAAGGUCUCUUUCAUCUCUACAUCUGAUAGGUGACCUCACUCCAAAGCUAAUAUCCUGAAUCAAUCAUUGUGAUCUGAUGCUCACCUGAAAACUGAUCAUCUCCCUGGCCCUAUCUCCUUCUCUCUACCUCUCUCUCCUUACCUCUGUCUCUGUCUUCCAGGACAGUUUAAGAGACAUAGAUUUGUAGGUUUGGAAAGGACCUCAUUAUAGAUGAGGACCAAGACACAAAGUGACUUGCUCAAAGUCUCAGAGCUCAAGGUCCCAGAGACAAGUGGCAGAAGCAGGAUUUUGACCUUUGGUCUUCUCUCUCCAUCCCCUGUACACUUUGUCCUACAUACAUAGCCUCUCUCUCCCACUGGCUCUUCCUUUCUCCUUUCCCCCUCUUCUUUAUUCUCUCUCUCUUUUUUUGCAUCAUAUUACAUGUGUCUACAUGUACAAAGCUGGGACAAGGCAUUUAGGUGCUCUUGGUAGGGUCUGAAAAUUAGAUGUCCCCCCUGGCUUUUCCUGUCUCGCAAAGGGACAGGAAAACUUUCACAGAAACAAAUACAACUCCAAAAAAAUAAAAACCUACAUGCUGUGGAGAAUGGAACUUUAUGGCAUUAAAACACAUGUGCAUUUGUAAAAUAUGAUAUCCCCAAAGUCCCUAGUUGCAACCUGUACAUGUUCACAUCCUGGGUGACCACCUAACUUGCCUACCCUUACUCCCAUCUCUGUGUAUGUGCAUGCAGUAUACAUCCAUCAGUUUCCCUCUGCUUCCUCAUUCCUUUCUGCUAUGUCUUUCCUUCCUUUCGUCUCCCUUUCCCUUUCUCUCUCUCCCUUGUUGCCUCUUCCACUAACCUGGACUUACUGGAUACUAUUUUAUAUUCCUUGUUUUUCCUCUUUAAGACAAGUGAGUCAAUAAUUGUAUUUUGUUGCUUUGGAUAAGCUGUGGGAGGCUUUUUGGUGGCCCUUGUGGGUGAAGGGAGAGAGAGGAAGAUGCCCCCAGCCCUCACCUAAGUUUAUGUGAAAUGUGUUCAUCUGUAUCCCUAUUUAUUGUGUGAGCAGGCCCCUUCUGAGGGCACUCUGGAAGAAUAUGAGUCUAGUUUCUAAUGGACAGAUGUUUGGGGUCAAAGUCUUGAUGGUGCCAUAUAGAAUGUAAGGGGUUCCUGACCUUUAUUUUAGCCAGGCUAUGUCAUUGAUAUAUCUCAGCAGCUUUGCUCAUUCUGCUGCUAAAGGCAUUUGGUGCUGAUUAUUGGCAAAUGUGGAAUGGCUACCUAAAGAUGAGUCUGUCCAUACUGACUCUUCACCCUGCUAUUUCUUUCAGUGUUGCAGGAGAUGGAGCUUCUUGCCUUGUUUUUCUGAUCUGGUUCCCCAGCACCCUGUCUAUUCUAUGGGAUUUGGUUUAGAGGCUGGACCUCACAGAAGAAAAACAACUUCAACAACAGCCUAGUAGUAAGCAUGGAUGGUCUUACAUUUUAAGCAAUGGUUUUUGAGGUUUUUGUGAAGUCUUCCUUGGAGGCAAAAACUCUGCAAACAAGGCCUAGCUCUGGUUCCCUGUCUUCCAAUAUAAUUUUUACAUUCUUUUGGGGCUCUUUAAUCCAAGGAACUUGGACUCUUUAAGUCAUUAUUAGACUUGGAGACUAGGCCUCUGUAAAAGUGUAGGUUUUUGCCCCAAUCUGGAUUGGAUUUCAUGCUUUCUGUAUGUAGGUGAAGAAGUGGAGGGUGUAGAGGUUCCCAGGAAAGAAUGAGUGUUCUAGGUCUCGCUUCUUCCUUUAGUUAUCUCAUCUCCAUGUAUGCCCUCACUGAAUCUGGGCACACAUGCAUGUAUGUGGUGAGGGGUGGGGAGGAGAGCAAGGGAAGAACUUGGCCUGAACCUUGGAAUGUGUGAGGAUGACAUGGAAGAGAUUGGAUAAGGUAGAAAGCUGGAUCAGCUUCCUUCCCUAGCAUCAUCGAGGCAAGGAUUUAGAAGAUUAAAGGUGAAGGCCCAAAGGGACAUCUUCAUGUUGACAAAAACAACUUGAGAGCUUGUAUGUACGCAGUUGUGGACUAGCCUCAAGCAGCUUUUAUCACUAUGGGUCUCAGCCUGACUCUUUCGCAUGCUUCUCUCUUUUCUCAGCAUCUUCUCAAAUCUCGGUGAAGCAGUAGCUUUGCAUAAGCAUUUAGUCAGAACUAAUCCAUAGAAACUUAUCCCUAAAUGGCAUUUGAGUUGGCUAAUUUGGGAAGGAAGAGCUUUAUUCAUAGAAAGAUCCCAGAUGAAAGAAACAGAUUAAGACUUGAGUUUUGUUUGUUUUGUUUUGUUUUUUGGGGUUUUUUUUCUAUGUUUGUUUGCUUGCUCUGUGACUUGCUUCACCCUGGUCUACCAAGAAACUUAAGAAGAAAAUCAGUUUUUAAAAGCCCCUCUAGGAAUCAGUUCAGGACCAGAGAUGUAUUCUGAGACACCUGAAAUAGGGAAAAACUCUUAUCUUUGUAAUGUUAACAACCUGAAAAUACCACCAAGGCUAAUUUCACUAUAAUUGUUCAGGUUGUUGAACAUGGUAACAGUUAACGUUUCAUAUAUAUAGAAAUAUGUAUCUUCACAUAUAUAAGUAUGUAAUAUUUUUAAAAGAAAGAUGGCAUGGCCUAGUGAAUAGAGAUACAGCCUUGCAAUCAGGAAGACCUGGGUUCAAGUGCUGCCUAGUCUUCCUGACUCCAAGGUCAUAUCUCUACCCACUAGGCCAUGCUGUAUGACUAUACUACGUCUCUUGACCUCUUUGAACCUCAGGUAACCCCUUAACUUGCUGAUCUGCAUGGGUGGAGGGAGUUAGCACACUGGGUGUUUCCUGUGCUGAUGAUCCAGUCCAAGAAAAGGUUUAAAACUCCCCUGGGAGAAGAUAUUGAAAAUAUUCAGGUAGAAAUGGUAGGCAUUUGUUUUUAGAAAGCCAGUCAUUCACCCAAGAUUCAGUCUGAAAAGUAGGGAUGAUUUCAAACCAAGGCAUUUCUUUUUUCUAUAGUAAAUGAUUCAAAAGUAAACAAGCCAGCUAACCAACCAACAGAAAGCUGGUGUCACAGGAUCUAUUAAUUGUAUAUUUACCUUCCACAGAUCAAAGGUAUGCAAUAUUUUAAAGAUUUCCAUUUGAAGCUCCCCAGUAAGAUUCUUUCUUGCUUUUUCCCUGUUAUAAAUUUGAAUCUCCUGUUUCGCUUUUUUGUUUUAUUUUUAGAAAAUUAUUAAAUUUAAUGCACAUUUUAUUUUGCCGAACAUAAGGAUACACAUUAAAAGCAAUUAAAAUAUUGAAGCCAUACAUCCACAGGUGUGGGGAACACUUUCCACAAAUUUUAAUGCAUUUGUAUGUAAAUAGAUGUUUGUAUGAGAUAUUUUCAUGGUAGAAUGAAUAUAUUUAAAUGAAAUUGAUUUAUUCCAGUGCUAUUAAAAAAAAAGACAAAGUUUUGUGAGGAUUUUCUGAGUGCAUUAGCAAAAAAUACAGAACAAUUUUAUAGAUGUCAGUAGCCUAAAAAAUAUUCUAAGUAGCAGCGACUUCUCCUCAAUUGUUACAUCUGCUACUGAAGAAGCUAAUAAGGCUCCAUUUCCCCCAGUGCCUGAGUCCCCUCUGGGUAGUAAAUUAGGGGCUGAUGGAGUCAUAGUCACUCUUCAGUCACUACAGGGUCCUAAAACUCAAUCAGAGCCAUUAGUGCAAAUAGUGUGAUUACCCAAUGUGGCCGCAUUUUCUUGGGGCAGCAUCACUGAAAUCCACAAGUGGGUGUUGGAAGCCUGGAGACGCAUUUUCCAGCUGCUAUUAACCUCCAUCCCUACUGCCCAGGCACAGACCCAGUUAGGUUGCUCUUAGUGAAGAUCAGGUUAAGCCUCAUUCUCAGGGUGGGGAGAUCCCCAAAGUUCUGUCGAUAGCUCCUGCAUACACAUCUUCACCCUCCAGAAGGAGGGGCUGGAGAAAAAGCAGAGAGCAUCAACCAGCAUUUUACAGAGUGGCGAAUAACCUAAUCUCAGUUCUGGAGUGAAUGCAUUUUCCUGAACUCCUAACUUACUACCAGAGAGACAUCUAUUUAGACAGGAGGAGAAUCUUGCCCCUUCUGUAUGGAACAUUAUGCACUCACAGUUGUUUGAAGUCAUUUUCAUAUUAAGACCAGUCGCAUUUCUAGGACAUACCUCUCAAUUAUCCCUCAAAAAUGAGACAGAACAAUUUUGUUACCAUGGAUUAUCAAGACUUGAGUUUUCUUAAUGGUGCCUCUUGGACAAAAUAAAAUGAAUAAUUUUGUUAUGAUUAAUUUUCAAUGUAUGUGCACACAUCCUAAUACAGAUUUAGGUGAUUCAAUUUUUUGCUACUAUAAUUUUGAUUGUAACAUAAGAAAAUUCCCAAGCACAGAGCCAUAACUAUGGUAGAGUGGCAGGGGCUUUGACCCAGGGCAACAAAAUUUGAGCUUGGCACUUAAUUAACAAGAACAAUUAAUUAGAAUAGCGUAGCAACAGCAUCUUUCCCCCAACACUAACCAAUAUACUGCAAUUGAGCCCCUCCAUUGUGAAACCCCAUCAUAGUGGUGGCCUCAUUCACCUUCAGGGUUCCAGUGUCUUGGGGAGGGGGCAGCUGUCUUCCCAUUAUGGGGCAUUGUCCUGAGAUUUCUGCCUUCCUCCACCCCUCAACUGAAUAUAUCUGAAAAAAAAAUACUUUGAGGGUAUGCUUUGUGAAGCUUGCCACUGGCACAAAAAUUCCUAGUUAUGGCUCUAUACCUGGGCAAAUUGCUUCAAUAAUUUUUCCUCUACUUUUUCAUCUAACCUGAGCGGUCACUUAGUAGAUUGUGAGGUAUGUUUAAGGGUUGAAAGACUGGGGUGAGUUUGCAGAAGACACCGCAGCAAAACAGGAACCCCACCCCACUGUACCAUGCAAACAUUCUCGAUUGGUCUCUUACAGCAUUUAAACAAAAUUGAUAAGCCUUAUCCAACAUCUGUAGAGUUGUGAUUUUUAAAACUAUGGGAAACUAAUGAAAGAUGUUUACAUGAAUGAUGUUUGCCCUUCCUGAGUUUUGAAUGAGUUUUUAUAGUGUGCCUGGGUGCAUGUAUAAGGAAGUAGGAAAAAUGUUUCUGAAAUAAAACUUGACAAAUAUUUGUAAUGAGAAGUGAAUUUUAAAUAUUGCUAUAAUUGCGCUAUAGAAGCAAUGCAAAUAUUAAACCAAAAAAAUUACAAUC